GGCGGUGCGGACGGCCGGGCCAUGGCCGAGAAGUUCGACCACCUGGAGGAGCACCUGGAGAAGUUCGUGGAGAACAUCCGGCAGCUCGGCAUCAUCGUCAGCGACUUCCAGCCCAGCAGCCAGGCCGGGCUCAACCAGAAGCUGAAUUUUAUUGUUACUGGCUUACAGGAUAUCGAUAAGUGCAGACAGCAACUUCAUGAUAUUACUGUCCCUUUAGAAGUUUUUGAAUACAUAGAUCAAGGUCGAAAUCCCCAACUCUAUAACAAAGAGUGCCUGGAGAGGGCUCUGGCUAAAAAUGAACAAGUUAAAGGCAAGAUUGACACGAUGAAGAAAUUUAAAAGCCUGUUGAUUCAAGAACUUUCUAAAGUAUUUCCUGAGGACAUGGCUAAGUACCGGAGCAUCCGGGGGGAAGACCAUCCUCCUUCCUAACUCCCUCCUCCGUCUGUCUGAAGAUCCUCCUAGCCCUGCACGAGUGGCCGUGACCUUCAGGCAGCCUUGAC